UGUAUAUACUGUCGCCAUUUUUUACCGUUCAAAUUUGUUACAAUUCUCAACGUGUUUAGUUUCGUUGCAUGAAGGUUAUGUGUAGUGAAAGUGGUGACAGUUGUGUUUUUUGUGUGUGUUAAAUUUUUAUGUUUCGGAAUGACUUGAAAUAUUUAUAAUAUUAGCAUGAUCAUUUCGAUUGGAUCAUUGCUUAUUAUUAUUUCCAUCCUUAUCAGUGCUCUAGUUGGAUUGUUUUUAAUACCAUAUUAUGUAGGAAUUUUUAUUUUGGGAUUAAUAUUUAUUUGUUUACGCAGUCAAGUACCGAACUAUUUAUUUUAUGUCAAGAAUUUUAUCUCAUCUAUUGUAUUUUGGUUUAAUUACCUUGUGGACAUAAUUGUGACUAGAAUGUUAAGUAGGCCCAAUGAAUGCCAAGUAAAAAACAAAAAUCAUGCAAGUAUAGUGGAUGGAUUGCUAAAAUACAGGUUACAUCCAAACAGCAGUGUUAACGAUGAAAAGUUGCACCUUAAUGAUACCACUGUUCGUCACAGACGUUUUGAGUCAUCAGAUAGAUUGGUUAAAUCUGAUAAUGCAAAGAAUAUUCAGGUAGAAAAUUCUUUUUAUCAACGCAAUAGUGAUAAUUUGACCAGUAAUAGUGGAAGCACUUUGGUUUUAUUACCAGUAAAUUUUAAUCAAAAUAAAAGGACUGUGGUAAACUCUGGUGUACCUGUCAACACAUCAAUUUCAAAAGGCAUUGAAAUGAAGCCAUCUUCCAUGGAUACUACACUGUAUAAAUCUAAUUCACCUAACAACUCAAAGAGUAACAGCACUGGAAAUAGAACUUCAAGAUUAUCACAAACAUAUUUUGAGUUUGAUGAUGGGAUGAAAGAAAAUGUAAAUUCUUCAUGUUCUUCAAUUUCGCCGUGGGAUGAUACUAGAGCAUCAUCAUUGAAAUACAAAUAUAACCAGUCUCUCAAUUUAACACAAGUGAACUCCAGAAAUCAACAGACUUUUCUUUCAAGAGUUUAUUCCGGAUCGAGUACUGAGAGAAGGCACGACAGCGAAGGUGGGGCGCUCACUCACCAGUCGAGAUACGCCGGUCCAGGGCAGUUGCCGCGAGUUUGCCUGGGGAGGCAGAACGUGCUGCUCACGUUUUCUGGAACCAGUCUCUCCAAGUGUGUUCAGUCUCCUGUGAGAGCGAAGCCAUCCACGGUUCUACCAAAGACAAGGUCUUACAGACUGCUAAAUGAAUCCUCUCCGAAAUUCUUUCUCAAAUCUGAAGAAAUUUCUAGAAAACGUAUUCGUAACAGUUACGAAGAAGAUGAUGAUGAUGCAGCAAAAAGACAGUGUAAAGCAAAUGAAUUGAGUAAUGCUGAUGACUUGGAAGAAGAUUUGGUUAAUUUGAAAAGGGUUCGUGAGGAUUCGCCUAAGUCAGAUUUUGAACAGCAACACCAGAAGCCAAAGAAGCGUGUAUGCAACAAUGAAAUCCUUAGUUCACUGAGUUCCAGUAAAAACUUCUUGAAUACAAGUGCAAGGAAAAGGAAGGCUGCAGUUGUCGAUUGGUCUCGCAGCAGCACUCCCGUGCAGGAGAAGGUGUUCAGGAAGAGUGUUAGCAGCCCUGAGGUUUUCAUUAAUCAUCAGGAAAGAGAUGUCAGUGUGACAGAAGGCCAGUCUUCCGCAACUCGGGAGAAACUGCAUCUGGAAGUAUGCGAUAGUGGUGCUAAUCGUAGUCUACCAAAUGAAACUGCUUCAUCGCAGCUGGAAAAAUCUGCAGAGAAAUCUCGGAUGUUCAACUACACAUUGUUUGAUGUCCCUAUUUCCAUUCCUGAAUCUCCUGUCAAAGAAAGCAGUCCAACUACAGCCUAUGCAGACUUAAACUUGUCUUUGGAAGCUGUUCCAAAAAGCUACUCGGAUAAGAAAACUUUUGAUACUAAAGAACUCCAACGUGAAGCAAUAUCAAAACGGUUAUCUAGUUUUUGGGAUGCAUUUGGCACAGUGGAUGUUAACAAAGCAAGAAAUGCGAUGGCUCCGCAGAAGUCAACAAACACACAUGACGGAGUACCUACUCAAGUAGUUACAUCUUUGACUCCAGCUCUAUCUGUUCCCAGUACUGUUACGAGCACACUACAGCAACCCUGUGUGCCAAAUGAGUCAGCAGAAAAGGAUAAAAAUGAGUCCCUUAAUUUCGUAAACAACACUAACUCCCCUAAAAGUGUAGUUACCAGUGAGCAAUCAAUGUUCACUUACGGACAAUCACUUUUGCGGUCACGAGAGUUGUCUUCUUUCAAUUUGAAAACUGUGGGUGGAAGUUCUGCAAUUGAUUCUCCUGCUGGCAUUGUAUCAAGUUCUGAGGCAGUGUCUGGUCAUAACUCUUUUUCCAUCUCAUCUUCACCAUUGACACCUAUUACUGAUGGGUCAUGUGUAGUGGCUCCAUUGAUAGGAAGCAAUGAUUUGCAGAGGAGUAAGUCUUCUGUCAGUUUGUCAGCUGUUGUGCUGCCGACUCCUAGUUCUAUUGCCAUUGCUUCUCCAGGGCUAUCGAAGACUAAUGUGGGAACACCAAGUAGUAAUGUACUAUCUUCACCAGUGAUGACUCUAGGAACUGUUCCCACAUCUUUACCAGUUUCAGCUGCCCCUGCUAAUACCUUGGAUAGCAGUUCUUCUAAACCAUUGUUUGGCCUUACGUCAUCAUUUUCACAUAACUUGAAAAAUAGUCCUCUGGAUGUGAAACAAAAUCCAAAUAUUAUAGGUGAGAAGAACGUGGGAGGUUUUUCUUUCAAUUUCAGUUCUAAUUCAGCAGCAAACCUUAGUAGUGGGAAAAGUGAAAAGACUAGCAGUUUUUCUGUGCCUCAGACCACAAGUUCUUCAGUUAGCUCUGCACAGUUGAUUUUGACAUCAUCUCCAUCUUUGGCUCCAACACCAAGUCUGGGAGGAUUUUCUUUUCCCAAAUUCACGUCUAACAAUAACACGUCCAACAAUAACAAAGUAGAGACAUCCAUGGCGCUUAGCAUCUUUGGAAGCUCUCAGACAUCAUCAAAUGGCUUUGCAAGUUCCCAAACAUCAAGCGACAGUGGAUUCGGUAGUGUGCAAACAUCAGCAAGUGGAUUCAGGAAUGCUCCAACAAGUGUGUUUGGGAAAGUUGAAGCAUCACCCAGUAGUUUUGGGAACGUCCAAAUAACACCGACACAAGGAUUUGGAAGUACUCAGGCAACAUCAGCCAGUGAAUUGGCAAGUUUCCCAUUGUCUCAGGUAACAUCAGCUAUUGGUUUUGGUAGUGUUUCAACGACAUCGAGUGGAUUUGGGAAUGUUCAGGCAACAUUGUCAGCUGGCUUUGGAACUACUCACACAACUCCAAAAAGUGUAUUUGAGAAUUCCCAGACAACUCCAGGUGGUUUUGGGAAUGUUCCAGUUACAUCUGCUGCAGGAUUUGGAAGUGUGUCGUUGCCAUCAAGCAACAUGUUUGGAACUUCACAGACAACAACAAAUGCAGCAACAGAACCGUUUAGCUUUGGUGCAAAACUAAAUGCCCCAGCAUUUAGUUUUGGAUCAACCACCGUUACCAGUUCUUCAGUGAGCACACCAGUUCAAAGCAAUGGAUUUGGUAGUACAGUCACUUCAACAGGACAGCAACAGUCAGCAAUGUUUAAUGGAGGUUCUGAUGCAAACAAAAACCAAAUUUCUGCAGGUGGCACGAAAAACAUGCCAUUUGCUUUUGGUUCUGUUAAUUCAGCUCCAAAAGUUGGCGGUUUUGCAUUUGGCAGUCCAAAUCCAUCUGAAGUUUCAACCUCGGCCACUAUCACUCUUAAUUUUGGAUCUAAUACUUCAUCUCAGGCACCAACCAGUACAACUGGAAAAUUUUCUUUCAACACUCCACAGACGACACCCCAGCUUUCGUUUGGUUCAGGGUUCAGCACGUCCCAGCAGUCAACUCAGUCGCCUUUCUCCACUAUUCGGUCUCAGCAGUCUGAGACAGCAGCAGCACAGAAACAGAGCUUGUCCUUUGGCACCCCUCAGCAGCCAGCUUUCGGCAUCCAGCGAUUGCAGAAUUCGGGGGCAGGAACACUAGCGCAGCAAGCCCAGGCUUCAUUUGGCACUCUGCAAGCGCAGGCUCCUGGAUCUAGUUCGUUGGUGCAGAUGCCGCAAGCCACUGGUGCAAAUCCACUGUUGUCAAAAGCAGGGCAGCAACCCUCGCCAUUUGGAACCCAAGUUCAACAGGCCCAGAGUGCAGGAGGGUUUAACUUCAAUGCUAAUGGGCAGCAACAGCAACAGCAACAGCAACAGCAACAGCAACAGCAACAGCAACAGCAACAGCAACAGGCAGCAUCCGGUGGUGGACUAUUUAGCAUGCCAACUCAGGUGUCACCACCAUUCCAGUUUGGUUCCACGCCACCCGGAACUUUGCAGCCAGGCGGUGGCUUCAGCUUUGGAAAUGCUGCACCGCUUUCAACAACGCCAAUGGUUAAUUUUAGUGCAGGCUCAAAUGCAAACAGCUCCUUUCAAGCCGGAGCGGCUGGUUUCGGGGGAAGUGCCGCCGGCAUGUUCAGUAUUGGCUCAGGCUCCUCCGCCUCGCGAGCCAGGAGUGCCAGGACUCGUCGCAGCCUCAGAUGAUUUUAAUGGUACCAUGUGUGUAUGGCUGGCAUUCAAGCAGUUCAUGUAUUAAAACUAAUCACAAAGGUAAAUGUGAUAUUCUCAACAAAACACAAGUUAAUGUGUGGAUGAACUCUAAGGCCAUUAUUCGGCUACUGUGUGUCUGUACAUUUUCCAUGUUUUGGAUUAGUAUAUUGGUUUUAAAGCUUUUUUUAUAAGUAACAGUAAAUUAAAAAUAUGUCAAUAAUAAAAAGAAAGAAUUGUUGUUUUCCAUGAGGUACAUACAGACCAAUUUAUUUUUGUUCUGGUUUUUACCAAAGGAUGUUUUGGUAGAACUUCCAAUUUAUGUUUAGUGACUUUUAUGAAUUGUAAGAAGGUGUGUGUGUGUUGUUGAUUUUUAGCAAUUGUUUUUUAUUGUUGUAAAUAUAACUUGUUGCUAUUCUCAAACAAGUUACUUGAUUAUUCACCACAGCUGGUGAAAGACAACCAUUAUGCCAUUAGAAUUGAUUAACAUUAAAAAAAAAUUGCUUUACGUUGUGUAAACACAGUAUUUGCUUCUUAACUGCCUUAUGUGUAGCCAACUAAGAGUUAGCAAAAUUAUUCAUGCCAAAAAACCUCAUAUAUAAAUGUUGCAAUUAAAUCGUUUUAGCUUUCAGCAAGCAAAAAUAUAACAGCAUUUUGUUUUUUAAUAAUACAUAGGUAGUUUAAUAAUGUAUAAUAGUAAUGCACAGUGUCUGGAACUUUGAAACUGUUAAUUAAUUAACUCUUAGUACUUUAUUAAUCUAAUUCUAGACAUUGCCCUAAGGAUGCUUCUUAAUAUCAAUGAUCAGUCCUAAAGGUGAGGGGGCAAAUGAUAAUACUGACAAAACUCUUCUAUUCGCUAUCAUCAGCCAGUAUUUUAACUCUGCACAUAGUAAUUUUUUCUCAUGUUAAUACCAAACCUUUAAGUUUUAUCCUGGGAUAUGUAUGUUUGUUUGUUUGCUUUAUGUUCAGUUUGCAAGCUUCUACCUCGUGCAUAGGGUGAAUUGGUUACAAAAUUUGCUUUGACAGUCGCAUAGUUUAUUUAGCUUCAAGAUAGAAAAUGCCUUCGUGCCUUCUCAUACACUCAAAGCAUUGGAAUUUUGUGUCUUUCAUUAUUUCUUUGUGCACUGUAAAAUUAACAUAGCACAUAACAGGGCAAUAUAUUUCCUUCUAUAAAAACCAAACAAAAUGUAAUACCUACUGUGACUAAAUUUUUUUUUACCGUAUAUAAUUUUGUAUUAUAGUUCAUAAGGUGUUACACUGGCAGACUUUGUUACUUUUGGUAGUUUUUGUGUUUGUAUACUUAAUCCAUUCCAAGCUGGCAGUAUAGACAAACAUUAUUUUCCACAGUGUCUCAGACCGAAUGAGAGGCAAAAGUUACUGUCCAAACAGCUCAAAAUAUGAUUAAAUUUAUCUUGCAAUUUGUAUGGUAGCUUUUAGGGCUGUGAAGAAUUUGGAAAUUUUUGAACUCAAACUAAUCCAAAAAUGUAUAUGUUUUUCAAUUCAUCCCGCAGAGUCAAGUUUAAGUCUUUAAACCAUUUUAAAAUAAUUUUGUCAUUAUUAAAUAAACUUAAAAUAUCACAGAUGCAAAUUGACACCUAUGCAAGAGUUUGCAAAUUAAAAAAAUGUAUCUCCAUUGCAUUUGGAAAUCACAAAGUGAAUUAUUUUUUAAAAAGCUGAAAAUUAAUCUGGAAAAUGGAGAUGUGAAAGUAUCAAAACCUACUCAGGUUAAGCAGUUGAGCACAAAAGUUGAUAAAAUCAAUCUUCAGUUAGUUUCAGAGAAAUAUAAAAAAAAUUAACAUUCCAACAAAAGUACCUAUUUUACUGACACACAUUGUUGCCUAUAAAAUCAGCUUAAAUUUAAGACACCCUAUCAUACUUUGUAGAGGUGGUGGUUGAGAAUGGUAUUUUAGCUGUCGUGCAUUUGCAGACACAGAUUUCUACUUUUUUUUGUUAAACAUGUUUGCAUGUGUGUUUGUUUGGUCUUUGGCCCUUUUUGGUAGUUUUUGUGUUUUCCUACUAACCAAAAGUAUGUAUUAAUACAAAUGGAAAGAAUGAGAGCAUGAGAUAACAUGAAAGAAUGCAUGUGAUGCAAAAUGAUACAAAAUAUCUUUCUCCCUCUCUUUUCCUCCAGAUAAUGUUUUUUAACUGAGAUACCGGUUUUCUAAAAGGUGUUUUGGUAGUAUCAUGUUUGCUUUACUCCAAUAUCAAAUAUAAAUUUUUGUAACACACUUAAGCAGCAUUAGAAUUUGUGAUAGAAUAAAAUUUUUAACGUGCAAAUACUGUUUUACUGAUUUAGUGUCAAUAGGUAAAGAUAUUAUUUUUUAUAGCAAAGUUAAUGCCUAGUCUUAAGAGACGAGACUUCCAAGAUUAUAGUAGAAUAAUUUUUUGGAUUUUUCCUUUCUUCUAAAAAUGUUAUAGUUAAGAGGCUAUGAAUAUUUUAUCAGACAUUCACUCUCAAAUCAUGCUGUCAGCAUAAUAAUAAAGUCACUGAAGAAAAAUUGCCACUACAAAAAUGUUUUCGCCGUAAAAAUGCAAACUUGAAUAACAAAUCUUUUUAUACUUACAUAAAAAUGUGACAAAACUUGUAAAAAACAAAGUAACUGGUUUUAUCUCUGCCAGAGCAUAAUAAUACAUCAAUAAGUACAGGAGCAUAAGUAAUAUUAAGUGCUUCACAACUUUUAAAAAAAGUAUGUUUUAAAGUCAUACAGUUAUGCUGAGAGGCUCAAGAAGAGAGGAUUGAAGAUUUAGUGGGCUCCAAAAUACUUGGGUGUCAGUUCUGUGCUGUUUUUCUGGUCUCGGUUGAGGAUUGAGAUAAAAGCAAUGUCAAACUAAUCAUUGAAGUUCUUUUACUAAUUGAAAGAAUAUUGUUUAUGUAAACAAAGUUUCAAAGUAUUAUGGUAAUUUAUUCAAAACAUUAAAAUAAUUAUUUUCGAAAGCUCACCUUAAUACCAAAUUGGCAUAUUGUGAUUAUUUUGUUAAUCUGUUGAAAUUUUGAACAUUCUCUGUUGUUAUCUUGAAACAAAUGGUUUAAAUAAGAAUUUUCAUAACUUAGGAUCGUAAAUUUUUUUUCUCUGUUUUCGAGCACUUGAUGGUUGGAAUUGGAAGGUUGUGUUUAGAGCCAAAAAUGAUAGUAUGCAGGUUUUCUUACCUUUAAGCAGCUACUUCAACUUUCUGUUAGCUUCUUCAAAGCUCUACAUAUACCUAUUGUGCAAACCAUAAUUGAAAAUACUUCUUGACAUAAGCUGUUGCUUUGAGACCAAAUUAAUAACAUAGCAUAAUCAGUUCCAUAAGGUGGCAAAUGUGAUGUGUCAAUGCAUGAGCCAGGGAAGUGAUGCAAUCUGCUUCCUUGGAAUGGGUUGAGAAAGUACACCAUUGUUUUAUUGGAGUCUUCAGAACCUGUUGAAAGGAGCAACACAGACAUACAAAUAAAUGUUUUAGUAGGCUUUAUCAUUUAGAUAUCGUGCUUUAUGUAAUUGUAGCAUGACAUCAGAGUGUGAGUCUAGUUGAAGCUGGUGAGAUGUUUUGUACUCUUGUACUGUAAAUUUAAUUAUGUAUUUGUAUCAUUAUUGACAGGUUGCAACAAUUAUUUUAAUAGGAAGAAUUCAGUAUUAUCUGGUGACUUAGUUAACUCGCAGUAUAUGACGUAACUUAAUAACGUUUCAUAUAUGAUAAUGUGCAUAUAAAUAUUAUUAUAACCAUUCUACCACAUGUCAUUAUUUAGUUAUUGUGUGUACACCAAUCCCUCACUUAGCAUGACUAAUGCAUUCCUAAAUAUGUUCGUGUUAUCCAAAAUUGCGUAUUCUGAAUCACUGAUCUCCAUAAAUAGCAAGGCUAAUUUACUUAAUGUGUUCUAAAAUGUGUAGGGAAAUAUUCUUCACGUAAUACAAAUGCAUAUAAAGACUCAAUGAUGUCACACCAUUUAUCUUUAUAAGCCUACCAUCAAAUACUUUGUAUGACAAAUUUGACACAGUGUAACUGUAGAUAGCUAUCAUCAAUUGGCUGGGUGACUUGCCCGCCUGGGCGUGAUCUUCAACUCACGUCGCGUAUCUUUACGCAAACUUUCCAAACCAUCCUUUACUGGCAAUGAAAAUUAUAUUACUGUCCGGAUAUUUACAUAUUGAUUUUUCAAAAAUUAAAGUGCUUAUUUGUGUAUCAUCGCUUGGUUCACAUCAUUCCUGUCAGGUCCGUGAUUUUUUUUCAUUGCACCAUACAUUUAACAACCUUUUCCAUGUGAAUCAUCUGAUUAUUUCUGUUCCAGUAUCUAAGGUCAAAUAUAUUCCCACUAGUACAACCAACAGUAUCAGACAUAUAAACGUUUGAUAGAGUCCUUAUUUUGUACGAUUGUGCGCACAGUUGACUUGCAUGACUUGCUUAAAACUAAAGUUUGACCAACUUAUGUGUGGCCUUCAUGACUUUCUGCAUGCCGUAAUACUUAUAGUUUUGUCUCAAACACUUGAACACGAUGCAUUAUGGUUCACUGGGUAGUCAUGAUUCCACUAUAAUUCCCACUGCAGAUGCUUGUGCAUGUAGUUACCAGCAGAUGAAUGGGCAGAUAUUGCUUUUGUGUUGUGUGAGUUCCCUGCCACUGGCUAGACUGAAGUUCAUCGUGGCUCGGUCUGUAGUUGGGCAACAACGGUACGGCACAGAGGCAUACUUGUGGACGUAAAAACAUUUGGUCCUUUACACUCCAUUGCCGAAACUUAACUUGCCAUAGCUGAUGUUUGUACAACAGCCGAUAGCGUAGUCAAAACUGCGCGCACAUCUCUUCCCCCCUUGUGUGACUAACUGUGUCCCACAGCACAUCUGUUGUUUACAGAAGUUGAAACAGACUUCAUGGCGUCAUACCCGACUUUUUUUUUGUCUGCGGAGAUUUCGCGCUAACUGAAAUUUACAGACGUGCUAUUCAAGACUGGGGCAGUAAAAUUAACAUCACGCUAAAUGAAUUUGCACAAUCUAAAGAUGUGCUAACUGAGGGAUUGGUGUAAUGAAUAAUUAUAAAAUGUCUUAUUUUAACAAUGUCAUAGUUGCUAUUAUCAUAAUUAUCUGAACAUUUUUUGAACUUUGUUACUGUUGAAUGUGAUCAGAAUAUUGACUUCCCAUGAUUUAUGAAAAUGUUUAGAAAACUGAGGUUUUUUAAGAUAUAAAUCCUGUGGUAAUUUUCAUUUGCCGCAGUUGGGCUAGUAAUUACACAAUUUUUCUAGCAUUGACCUGAACCAGGGUCAUGUUUGCUAGACAGCAUUCCCUUUCUGACAUGUGAACAAAAAGUGCAACAUUUAUGCAGUUAUUUUAAUUUUAUGAUUUAUUUUACUAAAUGUAAUACUAUUGACUUUUUGAUCAGGCAUCUACAUUAGAAUCUCAUUACAUAUUAGAUACAUACUUCACUUUAAAAAAAUUUAAAUUCUCAUUUUAAGUUGAAUUGCUUUUUCAAAUUUUUAUUUUAUUUAAAAACCUUGUUUAUUAAGGGCCAAUAUUGAAGGUUUUUCAAGUAGGUACAUAAUAAUAAAAUUUUAUGGCAUAUAUAUAUAUAUAUUUUUUUUUCAAUAAAUGCUAUAGCAGGAUUUACUUCAAUUGUUUAUUAAAUAAAGUAUUUUAUUGGAUACAUUCUAUUUUUAUUUGAAACUAUAGCAAGUUUUAUAAAUCCAUUAACAUGAUUUCAUUAAAUGUUUAUUUCUUCGCCAUACUAAAACGAGAUUUUGUAUGUACUUCUCAAAAUAGUGCAUCGAAAAUGUAUGUGUGAUGACAAUAGUAAAGACGUUAAAAGAAACAGGACAUGAAAAAAAAAAACAUAGAACACAGCAAAAACGACAUCAAUCACUGAAAUUAUCAACCAAAUGGUGGCCUUUAUUAGGAGUAAAGAUUAUAAAUAAGAGAGAAAAUAUUGCCUGAAAAUCUGUUUACAUAAAAAUGUUGAUUGAACUUUGGAAUAUAAAAUCCAGAACUAUCCUUCAAAUACAACUUUUAACUGGAAUAAAUUUCUUCAAAACUUUAAAAUUAUAAAUUAUCUUCAAAGUGCACUGUGGAAUCUGAGCCACUGAGUCUCAAAGCCUGCAAAACAAAAACAAAAAAUCCAUACUCCCUUAGUAAAUGUAGUAUCAAAUCCAUUCAAUGUUUUUUUAAACCUUCUGAAUACCGUCUGAAACAGUUUUUGAUAUGACUAACCCUUACUGUAAAGUGUGACCAAAAUUAGGUCGCAGGACAAUAAAUAAUCAUGAUUAAGUAAGUAAACACUAUAUUUAGUCUUUUCAAAAUUGUUGUAAAUUUCCUAAAUGUCACGAAAAAAUUUUGUUCUUUUUUUGUUAACUGCAAAACUUAUUGCAAGGGGUGAAUAGAUUUUUUUAUCAGUACAGUACAGUGCUUACGUACCUGCACCAGACCAUGUCAUUCUUAUCAAAAAUAUAAUGGGAACUAUACAAAAAUGCUGGAUGCAUUGAAUAUAAAACAUUAAAAUCAUUUUGGUUGCAUUUAAUAUGUGAAAAUGGUUUAUUGAUCCUUUUGGAAUAUUUGAAUACAUAAAUGAUGCUUUGUUCCUGUAGUCUCUAGACUGUAUCAGAAGUUUCUGGAAUGUUUUAUUUCUUUUAAAUUCGGUCAACAUAUGUCAUCUACCUUUAAAUUGGUUGUAGAUUGUGUACAUUUUGCAUAAAUCUAUACUAAUAUUAUAAAGCUGAAGAGUUUGUUUGUUUGUUUGUUUGAACGCGCUAAUCUCAGGAACCACUGGUCCGAUUUGAAAAAUUCUUUCAGUGUUGGAUAGGACAUUUAUCGAGGAAGGCUAUAGGCUAUAUUAUAUUAUCAAUAACAUUAGGGAUCCUUACUAAAAGUCCAAUUUAGAAUCAAAUGCGUUGGAGGGGGUUAGAUACAACAUGCAGUACACGUACGAAGUGUGUUGACAAUGCCGCAGGCGCUAGAAGUUUAUUAAGCGAAAUACCACUCACUGACUCACUCAUCACGAGAUCUCUAAAACUAUACACCCGAUUGACUUGAAAUUUAGCAUUUACUCAUUCUGUGAUGUAGACGCUCACUAAGAACGGAUUCUGCGGAAAUCCGAUCCCAAGGGGAGUUUCGGGGGCGUAAUAUAUCAAAAUUUCCAGUUUUUGGUAGGAAAUCACCAUGGCAACGUCUGUUGCUUUGUUGAUGCUUCAUUCGUCUCUAUGGCAACGACUAUUUCAUUGUUAGUGCAGUCCUCAUCACCGUUGAAAUUUUGCGGGUACUUUAAAUAUCAAAAAUUGCCCUUUUUUUCAAGUAUAUAUAUUUUACUGACUUGAAACUUCACAGUAAUGUUCCUUAUAUUAAGCAGGAUGACAUUUUCCGAAAAUUAGAUCCCAUGGGUGGUUAAAACCAGGCAACAGUGGGUACUUUGUCUGCAUGAAAACAGGAUUUUGCAUUGUUCAUGCCUUCUGCGUCUCCAUGGCAACGGGCAUCGCGCGGCAGUGGCGUACCCACAAGGAGGGGCAUGUUUAAUGAGCGGCGCAAGAGUGAUCUGCCUGUAGACUGCCGUAGCGAAGUACGGGUCCAUCAGUUGUACGUUGCGUACACAAGUUGGGAAACCAUCGGUGCUAUUUAUUUUCUCUCCGGUACAUUAUACAGCAUUGUAAUAAAUUUUCACUGAAAUUUUUUUAUUUACCAUUACUGUAAAUGGGAGAUGUGGCUUAAUUUUUUUCCAUUAGUAUAGCCGUGCGAAGUCGGGUCGGGCAGCUAGUAUAUUUAAUACUAGCGACCUGCCCCGGCUUUGCACGAAUGAUAUUUACUAAUGUGGCAUCAUUUAGAUUUAAUAAGUAAGUACUUUUGAGUAUCAAGUUCUCGUUAAGUGUCCAGUAUUUCAAAAAUUGUGUACAUACUAAUAUAUAUGGCCCAUAGCUGAAUAAUUUCUUUGUUAACAAAGUUGAUAACUUUUUUUCUCAUGACACAACACAAACAGAUUUUGUUUUUAAGUCUCACGUGAUGUAGUUGAGAAAUAUCAACCUGGACACUACAUAUAAACUGACAAAUAUAAUUAGUUACCUGUUAAAUAAUAUAGCUUUGAAAAGCAUGGUUUGAUGGACCGCAUAUGAUUUGGUGUAAAGUUUAGUUUUGAUCUAAAUUAAAUUUCCACGCUAAAUAACAUAUUUAUUAUUUAAUUGGAUAAGGAUUAAUGCUGUCUGUCAAAAUAGCCUCACAAAUACAGUAGAACCACAUUUUUACGUACCCGCGAUAUACGAAUUCCCGCGAUUAACGUAUUUUUUUACAUGCACUGUCAAUUUCCCUAUACUAAUAAUGCAUUCUUUUCCCGCCUUGUGCAAAAGCAUUUCCCACUGUUUACGUAGAAUUAGUGCUGAAUUUCGUGGCAAACCAUCGGAAAAUUUAGAGAAAACAAUAAAUUCUCAAAAUGAAUAGCGUGAAGUUUAAUUAUUAAGUGUUACUGCAUGAGUGUAUGGUCACCACAGCUAGGUUCGCCAUUGUAAACAACUUACUUUUUUUUUUGUGCCACGUGCUAUUGUACACCAUACGGCCAUGAACCAAACGUAUGGUGACAUAAACAUGAAAAUUAAUAAGUACUUUUCUUAGCAUUCCCCUUUAAUCUUAAAUGUAUUAUGCAUGAAAAUAAAGGUGAAAACUCACAUUUUAAAUACACAAAAGAGCGGAUUACUGUUCCAUUAUUAAAAUACGUUUUAAGCAACGUACGAGUUUCCUAUAAAUAUGGCAUCUUCGUGCAAAUUCAGCGAUGUUCAUUUUAACACAUUAGAAAUAUUCUGAAAAGUCAAAUGGCUGCAAUGAAUAUCCAAACAAUGCAAUGGCAAUUUAACUUCUAUUCCUCAACGUAAACAAUUAUAUUGAUGGUGGUAGCUAUCGUUUUAUAGUAUUAUUUCUCAAAAAAAUUUGAAAUUAAUUAAACUUUAAUACAUAAUUAAAUACAAAGUUCAAAAAUCAAUUGUGUUACAAAAUUUUAGCACCAAGUGGCUAUAUCAAGAUGCUUCAACAUUCUCAUCUCUUACACCAGAACAGCAAAUUUCAUGUUUAACUUUCAGCAAUAAUGAAGAACGGUGAUAUUGGAUAUAUUUAUAAUUUUAAUUAUGUGAGAUAGUGAAGUUCUAGUUAAUACAUAAAAACGUAACCGUCUCUGACAUAUUAUUUAGUGUGGUAUAUAUUUUCUUAUUGUUUCCCAUAUAGUGAGAUGAUAAAAAAAAUUUGAACAUUUCCCUGAUUUUGCGUUUUCCCGGUUUUUACAUAUUUUUUUCCUGGUCCCUUGAAAUAUGUAAAAAUGAGGCUCUACUGUAACUCAUUAUUUUUAGCCAAUUUUGAAAGAUAAAAUGGUUUCUGUGGGUCAUCCUUAGAUGAUAGGUGUGUGCUAUCGCUGACUUUUCUGUAGGUGUUUUUAAGACCUACAAUUGUGUGGUACAUUAAUUUAAUGUAUCAGUCAUGUAUAAAUCAGCACAAGCCAUGUAAGCAUCCAAAAAUCUUCAUUUUACGACUUGAUUACAAACAUCAAGAUUUCUCUGCUGUCUUUAAAAUUAAUAUGAAUGUAUUCUGUAAAUGAUGGUGCAAAUUGAAUCAAAAUCCAUUAUAUAGUUAGAAGAAGUAAGCGAACAGACAAGAUGCAGACAGCAAAUUUGUUUUAUACUAUUUAGAGAUUUUGUGUUGGGAUAAAAGGGUUUGGAAGGAUAGCCCAGUUAACUAAAUUAAUGUCCAUUUAUUCUAUUCUCUAAUAUUAACAAACUAUCUCUUGAAUAUAACAGUCUACUGUUUGUCCACACAGCCUAGUUGAUCUUCUACGUACUGUCUUCACUGGAGCUUGGCUCGACAUUGACUCACUCCAUCUUUAGUCUCUUUUCACUGCAUUAUUGUCCCGGAAAACACUUCUUGCACACCGCACCACAAAACUGCCCCGGAUCUGUCACUCGUCACCACAUCUUGCUCGCUGGUGAUACCGCUACCUUUCUGAUUGCUGCUAACAGAUGUCCUUUAUUCUCACUCCUGAAAGCAUCCAGGUUCGUAUUCUUUUGCUCCAGGUGUUACCACCCUUCUCAUGGAAAUUAAUUAGCCAUCUUGUAAUCCCACACACCAGUGGGGAGAAUGACUUACUGUUAUUUUUCGCAGCAUCAACGAUCUGUAUUAAAUUGUCACAUACAGUUUAAUAUGCAGUAUGUAGCCUGGAGUAGACUCGUAGCAGAAACCAAAGGUGGGAGACUUACAGUAUACCAUGCAGAAUUCUCUAGAGAGACAUGUCAGUGCGAUCGAGCCAGGUGCCUUUAGAAACUUCCUCUCGCUAAAAUAUAUCAAAACUGCUAAUUUAACAUUCUUACCUUUGAUGGUUCAUGAAAUUAAGUUCUUUAGUCUCUCUAAAUUUAAAUAAUGUUGAAAUAAUAUGUGAUUAUCAUAAUCUUGAUAGGUUACUCAAUUUUUAAUGCAAUUUUUGAGUGCUUGCUCCAGAAAAUGAAAUGAAGUAGGUAAUCUAAAGAGAGGAUGGGCCUACAGCUAGUUUAUAGUAUUAAACACAUUGUAAUGUCCUAGUAGCAAGAUUUUUUUCUGCUAGCAAAGAACUAUCUAAAAAAAAUAAACAUUACAUAUUUAGAUGUUUUGGAUAUUUACAACAAUUAAUAUAUUUUGUAAAUUAAUGAUGAAUUCUAUAAUUGCCUCCCCCCCCUCCCUUCACCUGGAACAUUUUGAGUUAUCAGGGUGUUUAUGCAGGCCACAAAAAUAACGAAAAAGUAAUGAAACUUAAGGAAUGGUCAUCAAAGUCACAAAAAUGUAACACAACUGAAAGACUGGUCACAAAAGUCACGAAACUUUAAUUUUCAGCUGCUUUUUGCUUGUGUUUUGUUACUUGACAUUUCUUUCAGUUUAUUGUCGCACAUUAAAUAUAAAUAGUUGGUGAUUAUCCCCUUGAAUCAUGCAGUGCUGCUAGGUAUUACAGAGUUUCCAUAUUUAUUGUAGAACACAGAAUCUUACUGACAUGUCAGAAAUAUUGUUUUUAUCUGCAUUUUGUAUGAUAAAUCUGCCUUAUGUGGCUGGUUGGCUGUUGACUGCAUAUAGUAUUGCACGAUAAUUCUGGUGUUCUCUGUGCUCAUUGCACCAUAUUUUCGGUGAUAUGUGUAGGAAAUGAUUUAGCGACAAAGAAAGUCUUGCAAGAGUGGCAACAGCCAACAGUGGAACAAGCUAUAGUUGUGUUGCCUUUCGCAUUGCUGUUCAGUUAUGUGAGAUGUAAACAAGAAGCAUGCGGCUGUUUGUUAUGCCUCAGAUGAUAAAAAUAAAGGUUGUGUAAAAGUUUUGUGAUAGCUACACAAAAGCGUGGCUGUCUCUCAUUCCAUCUAUAGUUAUUGUAAAUAUAAUUUUUGUGAGUUUUGACUUCCAACUGCCCAUGCAUCAAAACUGCAGGAAAGUGGCUGUUUCUGACUAUGCGAGGCAUUCAUAUCUUUAGGUAUGUUUCAACUGUUAUGACUGUUAUGACUUCAAAACAGUCAAAAAUUAUGUAUUUUUACAUACGAACAUCUGGUUAAAUUCAAUGUAUUACUUAUCGAACUCGAGAAUAAUUGCAUCUAUUUUGUGUUUCAUCUUUGUCCUAAGCAACUUUUGGUUUAGCUAAUAGGUGGGCUAUAAAAGCAAAAUUACCCUCAAGGAGACUCACGAAUCCAAGUAUUAUCAAAUGAUGAGGUAAAAUUUUUGUAAAGUACUUAACAUAGAUAUACAUCCUGAAAUUAUUUUGUAGUCUAGUAUUUAAUAAUAUGAACUUCAUCUCAUUUGCUCUGAAAAGGUUUUAAUUUUCUAAUGUAGAAAUCGGCACAUGCCUGUCAAUGAUAGAUUUAUUUCGUGUAAUGUUUAAUUUUGAUUAUAAAAUUAAAAAAUGACCCUCUGGUGUACAAAAAAGUUAAGAUAAUUCUAUUAAAAGGUUCUGAAAAAGUCCUGAAAUUGGUUCACCAGUAUCUGUAGAUACCAUGGUUAUGGAGUUUUCAAUUUGUGCAUCAAAAUUAUUUUAAUGUCACUGCCAUAGCACUAUAUGAUUAUCUUUUUGGAAACUCUUCAAUUAUUACUUAUAGAAAACUGCAGAUAAAAAUAAUUUAUUCCACAUAAAUAAAGCAUAAUAAAAUCAUUUUUUGCAAAUAUUUAUUGCUUACAAAUAAAAUACUGCUUAUGCUUUUUUUUUUUACUCCUUUAAAAUCUUAAAUUUGAAUCGUUUAAAGUCUUCAAUUUCCACACAGGGAUGUUGUUAGAAAGUAAGGUGGUUCUCCUUGAUAAGUUGUGUGUUUGUGAAUCACUGUUUAUUAGCAUGUUUGUCAAAUUUUCAAUUAGGGUUAUCACAGUUAGUAAUUUAGUUGUAUGUGAGUGGGUUUUAAUGGCCAGUAUCACAUGUACAUUUUCCUUUCUCAUGUUAAACAGAAACAUUUGGAAAAUUUAAAUACAAGUUUUUAUGUUAAUUUAUUAUAAUGUAUAUUGCAUAUAAAUUAAAGGUUAGCAUUAUAGUACAUGUUUUUGCACUGCUCACAAUACAACCUAAUGGCUACUAUUUUUAAAAAAUUUCAGUAAUGCGCUUUACAGUGUUAUUAUUGUCAUGAUUAUUUAGUAUGUCUUUUUUUUUAAAUUUUAUAAAUUAUGUCUGUACAAUUUAUUAUUCAAGUUUUCCAUUAGCAUUCAUUUAGACAUUUUAUGGAAAAUGUUUUUUUAUUUCAUGACUAGCAGAUGUAAGGAACACUGGCUAGAUGACAUUUCUUCAAAAUUCAGUAAAAAUUAUGUUUUCUGAUUGACACUGGUAGGGAUGAUUUGAUUUAUACUCAAAACUAAAACAAGUACGUACCUGCGUAUGCUGCAUGAUGUACUUUUUUUUACAUGAUCUUAAUUAACAUAUAUAUUAUAUUUGUUGUAAAACAAAUAUAACUAUAAACACCAUGUUUUUUUAUCCAUGAAGAAUAUUUUUUUACAUUUAUUGAAUUUCAAUCAAAUGAUAUGAUACAUGAAUAUUUUCUAAUAGCAUAGUACAGGUAAACUUAUUAAGAAUACAUAUUAUUAUAAAUGUUAUGAUACAUACAGUAGAACCCUGUUAUAAUGUUUUUCAAGGGAGCACAAGAAAAAAACAUUAUAAGCAGGAAAACAUUAUAAGCAGGAAAUCUCAAUUUAGCUCUUAACAAUGUUCGAGCUUUGUACCAAUGGAUUCACCAAGCUAUGUAAACAACUUUAAUGUUAAAACCAAAGAUAGUAUACUUGAUACAUGAAUUUUCUGAAACAAGCCAACAAUUUUUCAACUUCAUCUUGUUCCCUGGUUAAAUUUUUUUUGUCUUUAAAGAUACACUGCCACAUUUUUUGUAAAAUUGUCUCAUGAUUCAUGAUGACAACAUUAAGAGUGAGAACGUCUACUCCUUCGCCACCUGAAAAUUUUUAAUUUUGUAAUUCCUACGUAUGAAUGAAAAAAAAAUUAUUUGUAAGCAAUAGAAAACACUUUUAGUUAUGCCCUCACUCAAUGGUUGGCAACUUAAAUAUCGUAGGACUAUGUACGUGCAUCUGAAUACCCACUGGAAUGGCAAGGAAGAGAAAAGUUGACUAAGGGUGCCAACUGACACGUAACUAUGAACAUUGUGUACCUUCAGUAUAUUGCAUAAAAUUGUAUUUUAACAAACUUCAUGUAUUGUAUGGCAGUGAUAGUAUUCAUAAACAUACAUAAAGGAAACUUUUUAUCGUAAGUGUUGAAAUAAUUUUGUUUUAAAACCUUUUUUCCCCAUUUAUUUAAUGUUAGAAAGCAAACAUUAUAACCAGAAAAUUACACUAUUUAUGAACAUUAUAUGCAGGAAAUAAAUACAUUGUCCUUAUGGGGGAAAUAUUGGGACUGUAAAAAGAUGACUUUAUAAGCAGGAAAACAUUAUAUGCAGGAACAUUAUAACAGGGUUCUACUGUAUUAUUUUCUGAAAUUAUAUUGCUCUUUAACUCAUUUAAGUUUCUUCUAUUUUGAGUAGUUGUUUGAAUAUUGAAUAAAAUAAAAUAAACAAGAAUUUAUAGCUGUAAAAUGUUCUUAGCUAAGGCGUAAUGCAACUUCGUAAGCUUUUUAUGAUUUGAUUGCAGUUAUAAUUUUGUUUCCAAAUGGCCCCUACAAAAUUUGUGGAUGAGCCUUUUAAGAAUACAAGAAACAAAAAAAUUAAGUGGUGGUAAAAAAAUUGGGCUUAUGUACUUAUGUACCCACUUUAGAAGUUAUACUUACUUGGCGUAAUGAAAAACUAACUUUAAUUUUACAUACAAAUAAUUAAAACAAAUAAAGUAAUAAAAUUACCGCAGUGAUGAUAUAAAUACGGUUGCUUAAGUAUAAAUUCAAACAAAUUAAAAAAAUUUGAAUAAAUACUCAGUAUUCAGUCUUAAUAUAAACAAGUAUAUAACAUUAUAUUAUUAUUUUAGUAAAAUAACCAAGAUAAAUUAAAAUUAUUUAUGAAAUAAUUUUAAAAUAAUUUAAAAUGCAAUUAAAUUAUACAUAUGGGAACAUAACCUCACUUAAAUAAAUACACUUGAAAAAGUUUAUAACACAAUUUAUAUUACUAAUAUUGACAAUGAAUGUAUUGUUUUUUAUUAUAUGGACUAGUAUUCAAUAUCAAUUACUAAAGUAUAAGAUUUAAAAGCACUUAUAUAGUUUUUAUGUGUAUGUAUCUUUUUUUUUUCAUGCUGCAAAAAUGUUGUUGUGUGGUGCACACGCAUCAUAAAAAUUCACUCAUCAUUUUUUGAUAAUGUGCCUAAAGAAGUUUAACUUCAAAAAGUGCAGUGGUGUUUCCCACUACAAAAACUAUAUUUUUUCUUUGCAAGGACUUAAGUUUUGGUUUUACUUCUCUCCUAUAUGUCAUAUUGCCUACAGUGUCUUGUAAGUUUAAUAAACAUAAAAAAAAUCGAUUAUUUUAAUUCCUUAGCAAGUGUCUUUGUUCUCAUUACAAUAUAUUCUUGGGAUUUGUACAGCCUUAGCCACAAUUGUUUUGCAUGUCCUUAUUACUUUGUCAGUCUUGUUUGGAGUGUUGAAAGAAAUUUUUGUGUUGUGUGCAGUACAAACAAUUUUAAAUGUGUGUAAGAUAUAUAUGACUUGGGAAAUUAGGUAUUGUUUUGGUGAAUUUUCAAUCAUGAUAUAGUAGUAGUUUGUAGCAUAAACAUAUUAUCAUUAGGCAUAGUGUUAUCAUUAGUUGUAAAUAUUUAAUGUUAAUUCAAUAGUAAGUGUAUAUUUAAUAAUUACAUAUAAGCAUAAGGAAAAAAUGCAUGUGUUUAGUUUUAAAUAUUUUAGAUGCUGAAACAUAUGUUAAUAUGUGGAUGUUCCUGGUGUAAGCAAAUAGCAUUCAUUACUACAUACUUUAAACUUCAGUUCAUAAUAAUAGUAUGCUAAUUUUCGUGUAUGUGUGUUUAAGCACAUCAUGUAAAUUCAGUGUUUUUUACAAGAAUGAAACAUAGUACAUUUUAUAAAUGUGUGAAAAUUCAAUUUUUAAGCAUUGGUAAUGCAUUGAUAAUAAAGAAAUUUUGGUGUCUCUUUCAACAAUGUUGGAGGAGCCACUGAAGGCCUAAGUUGUAUUUAAAAAUUCUGUUGAAUUAAUGAAUUCAAGAGAAAAUUUGGUGUUAUGUUAUUAUAAUUAUCUAUUUUAUGACUGUUUUAUAAAAUGUACUAGUUACAAAAUCAUCUGUAAAUGUGUGAAUCGUGACUGGUGUAAUGUAUUUUUAAAUUUUUAGGCUAUCUUAGAAAUGGUUUAUAUUUUGGAAUUGCAUGUUUGAAAUUAUGAAAGUGUUUCUAACUUAAUUUGGUUGUACAUAAAUAAAUUAUUCUUGUGUUUAUUUUGUAUUGACAUGUUACCUUACAACUCAUUAAUUUAAAUUGUGGAAGUUUGCUGUAUUGAUUUAUUUUUUCAAGAAAACUUAAUAAUUUUUUUUUUUCAAAUGAUAAUUUUAACUUUUUUUCCUUCUUAGCACAUGGCAUGUGUAAUUGGAAAAAAUAGACUCUCGUACUAUGUUUUUUUGUCUUAGUUGGCAAAUUGUUAUCAUUUACAACCUCAGUUACAUAUUUGGGUACCAAGCAAGCCUUCAUAACAAGAUGUUUUAUACAAGAAGUAUGUUGUUCAUCUGAUGAUUUUGUGGUGUUGAUAUGUGAAGCUUAUUAAUAUUGCAUGAGUUAGUGUACUGAAAAAAAUUAUUGCAAGCUUUUUUUCUAAGUAACCUUUUGACUUGCCACACUUUUAAAUGAACUUACUUUAAUUAAAUUACAUACCACUGUACUUGAAAUCAUGAAGUAUUUUAAACCUUCAGAAAUAUUUCCACAUAGCAGUGACUUAUUACUGAGUCAAAUAAAUGUUUUAAGUUUUCACAAUAUGUUUUAUGAGUUCUUAAGUAUUUGCGCAUGCUCUCUCUAUCUGAAAGAAAAAAUUUGCCGACUGUAAUUUUGGCUGUUUAUUAAAAUAAACAUAGAAUAGAAAUUGGUUUUUUGUUAUGAAAAAAAAUAUUUCAAGAGUAAUUAGUAAGAUAUAAUGAAAUAUUUAUGUCAGAAGUAAUAUCUUUUGGCCAUUCCAAUCUCCUGAAAGUUACGAAUAAUAACAUUGUCAGAUGUGCAUUGUACCUGAUCUCAUAAGCAGAUAAAUUUUUUUAAGGUUUGUGAAAUUUGUUUUCUAUAUCUAAGUUUAUCAUCAGUGAAACUGCUUUAUAUGCAUUAUUUGUUGGUAUGUUCUUUGGUAUGAUAAAUGUCAUGCUUAUGUGUA